AUGAAAAUUAAAAUUAUUUUUCUACGUUUUGUUUUAAUUUAUUUUAAUACAAAAAAUAUUGGAGAAGGAAGUUCAAAUAAAAGAGGAAAGGGGAGUAGUAGUUUAUCAAAAAGGGGAGGAAAUAUAAAUCAAGGAUCUGAAGAACAACAUCAAUUAUAUAGUCAAUAUGGAGGACAUGCUGAUUCAACGAGUGGUAUUGGAGAUGGAACAAAUCACCCAAACAUUACAGGAGUUUCUUCUUUUGAACCUACUUCUGUUCAUGAAUCUUCACAUCCACAACCAAUUUCAAAUGAAUUCCAAGACCAACAAUCACUUGUUGGGGAUAAUCCCUUUUAUUACCACUCAAUGUAUCCAUCUGUUAUACCUCUUGAUGAUUUCGACACUCUUGGAUAUGAUUUGGGCCAAUUUUCAACAAUGCAUCAAUUCCCAACAACAUUGUCUCCACAAAACUACAAUCAAGAGUCAGUGACGAUAACAGAAGAUAAGCCUGAAAAUCCUUCUUCGCAACCAACAAAAAAUGAAUGUAUUUACUUCUUGUUAUAA